UCAAGAUGCUCCCCAUGGGCCUGAUCAUCAUGCCGGGCAUGAUCAGCCGCGCACUGUUCCCAGAUGACGUGGGCUGCGUGGUGCCAUCCGAGUGCCUGCGGGCCUGCGGGGCUGAAGGUUGGCUGCUCCAACAUCGCCUACCCCAAGCUGGUCAUGGAACUGAUGCCCAUCGGUCUUCGGGGGCUGAUGAUCGCAGUGAUGCUGGCCGCGCUUAUGUCGUCGCUGACCUCCAUCUUCAACAGCAGCAGCACCCUCUUCACUAUGGACAUCUGGAGGCGGCUGCGGCCCCGCUCCGGCGAGCAAGAGCUGCUGCUGGUGGGACGGCUGGUCAUAGUGGCGCUCAUCGGCGUGAGUGUGGCCUGGAUCCCCGUCCUGCAGGGCUCCAACAGCGGGCAACUCUUCAUAUACAUGCAGUCAGUGACCAGCUCCCUGGCCCCACCAGUGACUGCAGUCUUUGUCCUGAGCAUCUUCUGGCAACGUGCCAACGAGCAGGGGGCCUUCUGGGGCCUGAUAGCAGGGCUGGUGGUGGGGGCCACGAGGCUGGUCCUGGAAUUCCUGAACCCAGCCCCGCCCUGCGGAGAGCCAGACACGCGGCCAGCCAUCCUGGGGAGCAUCCACUACCUGCACUUCGCUGUUGCCCUCUUUGUACUCAGUGGUGCUGUUGUGGUGGCUGGAAGCUUGCUGACCCCACCCCCACAGGGUGUCCAGAUUGAGAACCUUACCUGGUGGACCCUGGCUCAGGAUCUGCCCUUGGGAACCAAAGCAGGUGAUGGCCAAACACCCCAGAAACACGCUUUCUGGGCCCGUGUCUGUGGCUUCAACGCCAUCCUCCUCAUGUGCGUCAACAUCUUCUUGUAUGCCUACUUCGCCUGACACUGCCACUCUGGGCAGGAAGGCAGGAGCUCCGAGUCCUCAGGUCCACCCUUUUCCCUCAUGGGGAUCCCGAGGCCCCAAGAGGGGCAGAUUCCCCUCAUGGCUGCACAGCGACUCGGUGCCCAAGAACUGGCCAAGCCAGCAAAGCAAGAGCCCUGAAAACUUAGGGGGGAAAUGGGAGAAAAGAAUGUGACAUUUCAAAAACAGCACCAAAGCAGUCAUCAUUGGAAAGAAAAUUAGAUUUCUGAUGG